CUGGAAAGGCAACUACUGCUGCAGAACCAGAUGAGAGAGAGACAAAUAGCCAUGCAGAUUGCCUGGACACGGGAAUUUCUCAAAUAUUUCAGGACAUUUUGUGGACUUGCUGCUGUAGUUUUAACAACUGGGUAUGAACAAUAAAAAAAGAAGAACCCAGCAGUUUUAUUGCCAAUGCUUCCCUUAAGCUUUGUAUUUUCCUAUCAUUAUGAUAUGGGCUAUGCACUGUUGCAAAGGAUCAAAGAUGAAGCAGAGACCAUACUGGACACAGAGACCACUUUGCUAGAAUUGCCGAAAGGAUCUAUCACUUUUGAAGAUCUGGAGAAAAUCAGAAGAUCGCAGAGCAAGUUCUUCAUAGAAAAAUAG